ACAAGUAUUCUCGCCAUUUUGCUACGAAGAAUCUGAACGGUCUUGAAAUUGGAAGCGACUUGACAGAGAAAACGUGCUGAAACUCCGUUUUAACAAAAAAUUCACGACUGGUGUAUCAUCGCAAUCGAUUCUUGAAUUAUUCAAGAUUUCGGUGGCGUAAUAUUAUCAGGAUCUAUUCAAAUUCCAGUUGGAUCCAGGAAUUAUAAUUGUAGUUGGUCUGCUCAACUAGCAGAAAAAAGGAGUACGAAGCAAGACAAUUGAUCUUGGAGCGUGCAUGACCACAAAAGCCCGCCGCGAUAAAUUGAGGGUUUAGCAGGCCAAUCAAACAGCCCGUGAAGGCCUACUUUGUGCGGUAUCUACUUACAGUCCGUCUUUGUUAUUCUUCUUUGUUGGAGAUAGUUAUAUCGGGUUUAUUCAUAUGAAUUUUCAAAAAGGUUUUGAAGACCGUUUGAAGUCUUGACUUCAGUAUGAGUAUCAGCAGUGAUGAGGUUAACUUUCUUGUCUACCGCUACUUACAAGAAUCAGGGUUCUCACAUUCUGCCUUCACAUUUGGUGUUGAAAGUCACAUUAGUCAGUCCAACAUCAAUGGCACGUUAGUUCCUCCUGCUGCUCUAAUUUCAAUCAUACAAAAAGGUUUGCAGUAUGUGGAAGCAGAAAUCAGUAUAAAUGAGGAUGGAACGUCAAUAGACAGGGCAUUAGAUUCUCUCUCAUUGAUUGAUGCCGUUGUCCCUGACAACAUAGCACUUCAGAAGGCAGAGCUUCAAAGACAAGCUCAGGCAAAUACUCAGCUUGGGGUCAAAGUUGAAAGCAAUAGUGCUAAUGGAGAAGAAAGUAAUAUUAACUUAAUUCAAGCUAACCACACAGAGUCAAUGGACUGUGACUCAGGGUUUGAAAUUCCAGCAAGCAAAGCAACAGUACUGCGAGGGCACGAGUCCGAAGUGUUUAUCUGUGCGUGGAAUCCAUGCACUGAUCUACUUGCAUCUGGUUCUGGUGAUUCUACUGCACGGAUAUGGAAUUUGGCUGAAAACACAAGUAGUCCGAAUCAGUUAGUACUUAGGCAUUGCAUACGAGAAGGAGGUCAAGACGUGCCCAGUAACAAAGAUGUUACAUCACUAGACUGGAAUUGUGAUGGAUCAUUAUUAGCUACAGGGUCCUAUGAUGGCUUUGCUAGGAUAUGGUCAACAGAUGGCCGGUUGGUCAGUACACUUGGCCAGCACAAGGGGCCAAUUUUUGCCCUCAAGUGGAACAAGAAAGGCAACUAUAUUUUAAGUGCAGGAGUAGACAAAACCACAAUUAUCUGGGAUGCACAGUCAGGAGAAUGCAAGCAGCAGUUUCCUUUCCAUCAGGCUCCAGCGCUUGAUGUUGACUGGCAAAACAACACAACGUUUGCAUCAUGCUCAACCGACCGCUGCAUUCACGUAUGCAAAUUAAGCUCUGAUAGACCAAUAAAAACAUUCCAAGGUCAUACGAAUGAAGUAAACGCUAUCAAGUGGGAUCCAUCGGGCAAUUUGUUAGCCUCCUGUUCAGACGAUAUGACUUUGAAGAUUUGGUCAAUGAAACAGGAGAGCAGUGUUCACGAUCUUCAAGCACACAAUAAAGAGAUUUACACCAUCAAAUGGAGCCCCAAUAAUCCCAAUACAUCACUUAUGUUAGCCAGUGCAUCAUUUGAUUCAACGGUAAGAUUAUGGGAUGUCGAUCGUGGAAUCUGUAUCCAUACGCUGACGCAGCACCAAGAACCGGUUUACAGCGUGGCAUUUAGUCCAGAUGGAAAGUACCUUGCGAGUGGAUCAUUUGACAAAUGUGUCCACAUAUGGUCAACGCAGACUGGCAGUCUUGUACAUAGUUAUCGAGGAACUGGUGGUAUCUUUGAGGUUUGCUGGAAUUCUAGAGGUGAUAAAGUUGGUGCUAGUGCGUCGGAUGGCUCGGUGUGCGUAUUAGACCUCAGAAAGUGACCAUGACGUCUAAUGGUCAGGUAAACUAGGACAAUGUUAAAUUCAGGGAAGACGCAAAGAAAGACAUUUGAAAUUAACCUAACUUUGCUUAGUGGAACGAUCAAUAAAAUUCAUUGCCCCUGCAAGAAUUUACAAGAGGAUGCAUCCCACCGUGGCACUGCAAGUAACAAGGAAAAAUUGGCAGUCUCCUGAACAUAGAUGCAAGUGUCAAUUGCAAUGUGUUGACCUGACUUCCCUCUCCCUGUAGAGGUCAUUACAAGGAUGCUAUAGUAAAGCAAAUUAUAAAUACUAGCCAUCUAAUAAUAAUGGACUUGAGGGUUAUGAGGGCUGUUUUGUCUUGUUUGGAAACUCAUGUAAUAUAUAAGUUUACAGAAUUUGCUGCCCUCUAGCAUGUUGAUGGAGAGUCUGCUGCCCUCAGUAUUGAUCCUCUUAAUAUUCUUACCAAGGUUCUUCCUGGACAAUUGCAGUAUUGUUAAUAUACAUUUAAAUGCUUUUUAUUGGGAGAUAGUGUCUAUAUGGAAACAUUAGCACGAUAAAUAAAAUUGAUGGAGUUUUAGAACAUGACAUGGUUGAGUAAUCACUGGGUUGCUCAACAGAUUUUUAGCAGGUGGUUGUUUCCUCCAUAAAAGUGCCAAUUAUGGAAUCACAUUUCACAAUUGCGUACCAUGAACCUAACUUACAAUAUGAUCGCUUAUUGACAUGAACCUAACUUACAAUAUGAUCACUUAUUGAUAUUAAUUGAUAGUGAUCAAAUGUCAGUAAUGAUGGUUGAUUGAUAUUAGUCUGUUAUGAUCAAGAAAUAAUAUUAAUCCAUCAUGAUUUUUGUGGAUCAUUUACCAAUACUAAUUAAUUAUUGUGAUCAAUUUUUGGUCAGUUACCAAUACUAACAAGUGAUCAAAAAAAUUGUGAUCAGUUAUUGACUAAUAAAUUUUUUUGAUCAUUUGUUGAUUAGCUAUUGCUACUGAUUAACUGAAUUGUAAUCAGAUUUUAUCAGGUAAUAUGAAUCAAUUAUUGUGAUCAUCAAUUAAUGGUACUACAGUAAUAUAUUAUGAUCAGAUGUUGACUAGUUAAGAACAGUAAUCAAUCAGUGAUGAGUUCUUAAUCAGUUAUUGAUACUAAAUGAUUAUUGUGAUCAGUAUUAGUUAUUGGUACUACUGUAAUAAUUGAUCAGGAUCAGUUUUUGAUGAUUGAUAGUAAUCAAUUAUUAUCACCAGUUAUUUUUGUGAUCAGUUAUUGAUACUAUCAGUUAUGUGAUCAGUUAAGUAGUUGCCCAGCAAUCAGGAUCAGUUAUUUAUCUCUUAUUGGAAUUAAUCAAUAUUUAUCAAUUACUGUAUUGAUAAAUUUUGAUUGAUAACAUUUUAUUGAAAAGUAGAAAAGCGAUUUGAUAUCUUCACAGUGUAAUAUACGUUCAUGUCAAAUUUGCAAAUAUACCCAUCUCAUGGAAUGGGUUCAACUGAUCAGUUGUGCGACUGACUUGUUAUAAUUUUGGUAAAUACAGUUGCUUAUUUCUUUUAUUAAGUUUUAUUUACCUGUAUGUACUUUUUAUAAUAGAAAUAUGUGUGAUUGGUUGAAUGUGCCGGGUCAGCUUUUAUGUACAAGUGUGGGAAACAACGCUGUUUAAAUUUAAUUGAAUAUUUCGGGAAAUCCGUUGUAUACUUAGUAGAAUGUUUUCUUACUCGUAGUCAGUACACUGUAAUGCUAUCUGAGGCAGCGUAAAUGGUGUGCUGAGAAGUGUCUAAAAUAUCUGAUGAAACAGCUGUUUUCCCCCAUGUACUAGUAUGUUUGAUAUUAAUUUGUGUAAAAAAUGAGAGAAUUUGAUUGGGUAAUUUUGGAAGCCCGUCUCUCUCUCGCUCUCUCUCUCUCUCUCUCUCUCUUAGAUGUUGCAUUAUGUCAAUUUGUAAAUAUGCAUAAAUUUGUAAUAUAGAAUGCUCCCAAUAUCCAAGCCAGCCUGCAACCCCUCCCACACUACAAAACCUUUUUUUAGUAAAACUGUCUUUUUUAAUUAUUUUUGUCAGUUCCAAUUUAUUUUUAUGUUGUCAAUGCUAUAAUUAUUGCUGCUGUUAUCAAUUAUUUUUUUAUUUGUGAUUCUCUGUUAUACCAUUUUCACUGGUAUCAUUGAUCACAUUGUAUUUUUUUUUGUUAUUGUGUUGUUUUUUUAAAAAAAAGAACAAUGUGGAAGUUUAUCCUUGGGAUAGCGUAUUCAGUGAAGGUAACAGACUUCACCUCCCUUUAAAAGUGUUUGUUGUUGAAUGGCGUAUUCAUUACGAAGAAGCAAAUAUUAAAGGAGCAUUGACAAACAUGUCUGGAAAUUUGA